AGCUUAAUAGGAUGUUCUCCUGAUAUAUUGUUUUGGAUAAUUUUGUGAUUGUAAAAAUAGUUAAUAUUAAUUCAAUAGUUUGUAUUUUGUAUGAUUAUUUUCGAGUCCAUCAGUCACUACAUGUAGAAGUGAUCCGGUUAUUCUGUGAGGCCUGAAGAGGUUCACCGUGUGGCCUUGAAAUUUUAUAGACACUGGAAUUCACUGAGCAAUGAAGCGUGAAAAACAUCAGCCUAAUGUCAGCCGACUGGAUAGUUUCUACACUCCAGGUCACGAAUUCAGAGAAAUGGACGGAUGAGGAAGAAAAACCGCGACCGCCUUUUCUUCAUCCUCUUUCUGUCGUCCUUCCGGGCGCUCCAUCCACCUACAAUCUUUGCAUCUCUGUACUUUUUUUUUCUUCUUUUUUUUCCACAGUGCCGUUGAUGUGUUUUGCAGUGCGCAGUGGUACGGCCCCUCCCAUCCUCCUAAACUCAGCACUCUCUCCCAUCGCUCUCUCUGCCUGCCUCCCUCCCUCCCUCCCUCGUCUUGAUAUUAAUGACACAGCUAUCUGAGGCAGCGCCAGAUCCCCUGCGCUCUCCUCCUCCUGCAGGCUGCACUUCAUGCACACACGCUCACCGACACACACAUAAAAAACACUCGUACACCAAUAAGAUCUUUACAUCCACACUCUCUUGCAAUCUGCAGACAAACACAACUAAAACCGAAUUGGACCGCAAGUUGAUAGCCAGGGCAGUACCGGGCACUCUCUUCUUAAACUCGUAUCUUUUGGAGAAAUCUUGUUUGAAAAAUGAGGACAUUUGUUUUUUGUACCGGUCUCCUGCUCGCAGUCACCUUGGCGCCGUCACCUAUCAGGUCAGCUGACUUCUCAGUCAACUCUCACCAGCGAUGGGACACGAAAGGAUCCUACAACCCGGGAUUUGAUGCCGGCACUCCUACCUCUUGCCCCGUGAAACUUCGACCCUCGGGCCACUGUGGUGGCUCCGGGGUCGGCGCUGAAGAGGGGGAGGACUGCCCCUAUCAGCUCACUCUUCCACCCCUCACCAUCCAGCUACCCAAGCAGUUCCGGCUGCUGGAGAAGACGCUGAAGGAGGUGCAAAGCCUGAAGGAGGUGGUGAACAAGCUGAAAAGGGGGUACCAGGAGUGCUGUGGGACACGGGGCACCGAGGCGUUCGGAUACCAGCAAGCAGACCAGGGACAGGCGCAGGACUUGACUCAACUGGAUACGGUGAGGGACAAGAGUCCGGACGGGAUUGGUAACAGGGUUCAAAGUGGGUCGAGCCAAGAGGAGAGAGGUGAUGGGAUGAUCCACGGAGCUGGUGUGGAGGGAAAGGCUCGACCAUUCCCAAGGGACUUGCAGGAGAUGCAGACAAAGCUCAAUAGAAUGUCAGUCAGCCUACGCAACGCCAGGAGCCAGAUCUCAGUUCUGCAAGGUCGUCUGGAGGGGCUCAACCUGCUCAACAUGGAAAAUGUGCAAAACAUGGUGGACAGGAGGGUGGAGAACAUCACCGGGGCGGUCAACAGGCUCAGCUCCACCUGCAACACCCAGUGUGCCGUGCAGAACAGCCCUCAAUUCAUCUUAGCCCCUCGGGAUUGUUCGGACUACAAUGUUUUGGAAACGAGGAAGAACGGCGUGUAUCGGGUGACUCCGGAUCCCCGCAACGGCACCUUUGAGGUCUUCUGUGAAAUGGAGUCGUACGGAGGUGGCUGGACGGUGAUACAGCAGCGCCUUGAUGGUUCAGUCAGUUUUAACCGCACCUGGACCGAGUACAAGAAGGGCUUUGGAAACCUCAGCUAAUGUUUGAAAACUGUACAGCAUCAUAUUGUAUGAUCCAUUUUUUUAAACACAUUGUGGAUGGCAAAGACAGAGGAUGUUUCAAUCGAAGGAUGUGUACAGUAUUUAUUUUAUUUUGAAAGGUUUUAUAAAGCAAAUGCAGUAAAAUUUGAUUGUUGGUGGUACUGAUGAACACUGUAUAUAAGUAGCCAUCCUUCUUCAGUUCACAUGGAUCUUUUCUAUAAUGCAUUUCAAUUUGUCAUGCCAAAAAAAUAUAUAUGCACUUUUUAUAUGAGAGAAAUUUAAGACUUUUUUUUGCUGUAUGGGCAUUUACAUUGCAGUGUUUAGUAGACUCCCUGAUGCCUGAUCAGCUUUUAGUUUUCUGCUAUGACAACAAAAGAAGUGUACAUAAAAAUGUAAGUUCAGCAUGUCAUAUUUUAAAGUGUCUGCAGCUUAGAAUUCAUGAAAAGCUUGUAAAUAUGAAGGAUGAGGUGCUGCAUGCCCCUUAAAGUGAAUGAGAAGUUUAUUCAAAGAGCAAAUAUUGGUAUUAUACAUGCAGAGUGAAUGAUAUUAUUGUUGGAAGGUUAUUUUAAUGUCUAUUUACUGUCUGUCAUGAUGACUUUAAUAAAAAAAAUAAAAAAAGA